UACCUCCCAAAGAUAGCAUGUCGUAAUGGGGUCAUAUAUGAUAUAAGCCUCUAUCAGAUUGUCUUACUAUUCGAGGCUGAAGAUAUUGUUGCCCCAGUCAAUAUAAUAGUUGGUUCUCAUGUUUGGAUUGAAGAUCCAGGAGUGGCAUGGAUUGAUGGAGAAGUUGUCAAAAUCAAUGGCGAAGAAGCUCAUGUACAGACCACAGCCGGGAAGACUGUGGUGGCCAAAAUCACCAACGUAUUUCCAAAGGACACAGAGGCACCCCCUGGGGGUGUUGAUGACAUGACAAAGCUCUCAUAUCUACAUGAACCAGGUGUUUUGAAUAACUUGGCCAUGAGAUAUGAGCUGAAUGAAAUUUAUACUUAUACAGGAAACAUCUUGAUUGCUGUAAAUCCGUUUCAAAGGUUACCACAUCUCUAUGAUACUCAUAUGAUGGAGCAGUAUAAAGGAGCAGGUUUUGGGGAAUUGAGCCCCCAUGUGUUUGCAAUUGCAGAAGUUGCUUACAGGGCGAUGAUCAACGAGGGCAAGAGCAACUCAAUUCUGGUUAGUGGGGAAAGUGGCGCUGGUAAAACAGAGACCACAAAGAUGCUUAUGCGCUACCUUGCUUACCUUGGAGGUCGAUCCGGCGUUGAAGGAAGAACAGUGGAGCAGCAAGUUCUGGAGUCAAAUCCAGUUCUUGAAGCUUUUGGAAACGCCAAAACUCUCAGGAAUAACAACUCCAGUCGAUUUGGAAAGUUUGUCGAGCUUCAGUUUGACAAAAGUGGGAGAAUAUCUGGAGCGGCUGUCCGAACAUAUCUGUUGGAAAGGUCUCGAGUGUGUCAAAUAUCAGAUCCAGAAAGAAAUUACCACUGCUUUUACCUUUUAUGUGCUGCCCCACCUGAGGACAGAGAAAAGUUUAAGUUGGGAGAUCCUAAGUCAUUCCACUACCUCAAUCAAUCGAAAUGCUAUAAACUGGAUGGUGUGGAUGACACCGAGGAAUAUCUGGCUACCCGACGAGCUAUGGAUAUUGUUGGCAUCAGUGAAGAGGAACAGGAUGCGAUUUUUAGAGUUGUUGCUGCAAUCCUGCAUCUAGGAAAUGUCAAUUUUGCAAAAGGAAAAGAGAUUGACUCCUCAGUUUUGAAGGAUGACAAGUCAAGAUUUCAUCUGGAUGCGACUGCUGAGCUUCUUAGGUGUGAUGCAAAGAGUUUGGAAGAUGCAUUGAUUAAACGUGUAAUGGUGACACCAGAAGAGGUUAUUACAAGAACACUUGAUCCUGAUUCAGCCACGGGUAGCAGGGAUGCGUUAGCAAAAACCAUCUACUCACGCUUGCUUGUUGAUAAAAUUAACAAUUCCAUCGGGCAAGAUCCAAACUCUAAGACAAUAAUUGGUGUUCUUGAUAUCUAUGGGUUUGAAAGCUUUAAGGUCAACAGCUUUGAGCAGUUUUGCAUCAAUUUUACCAAUGAAAAGCUGCAACAACAUUUCAACCAGCACGUCUUCAAAAUGGAACAAGAAGAUUAUACCAAAGAGGAGAUCAAUUGGAGUUACAUAGAAUUUGUUGAUAACAAGGAUGUGUUGGAACUCAUUGAGAAGAAACCUGGAGGAGUCAUUGCACUUCUAGACGAAGCAUGUAUGUUUCCAAAGUCGACGCAUGAAACAUUUGCUCAGAAGCUGUAUCAAACGUUCAAAAACAGUAAACGGUUCACCAAACCAAAGCUAUCUCGGACCAGCUUUGCAAUAUCGCAUUAUGCUGGAGAGGUAACUUAUCAGGCUGACUUGUUCCUGGACAAGAACAAAGAUUAUGUGGUGGCAGAACAUCAGGAUCUUUUGAUCGCUUCCAGUUGUACUUUCGUAGCUGGUCUGUUUCCACGCCUAGCAGAAGAAACAUCAAGUAAAACCAAAUUUUCUUCCAUCGGGUCACGCUUUAAGCUUCAACUUCAGUCUUUGAUGGAGACACUAAGUUCAACUGAACCUCACUACAUCAGAUGUGUGAAGCCAAAUAAUGUACUUAAGCCUGCUAUUUUCGAGAAUGUGAACGGUGUUCUGGAAGCUAUUAGAAUCAGCUGUGCUGGUUAUCCUACAAAGCGGACAUUUUAUGAGUUUCUCAAUCGUUUCGGUGUUCUUGCUCCGGAUGUUCUGGAGGGAAAUUAUGACGACAAAGUUGCAUGCAAAAUGCUUCUGGAUAAGAUAGGCUUAAAGGGCUAUGAAUUAGGGAAAACAAAAGUAUUCCUUAGAGCUGGGCAGAUGGCUGAGUUAGAUGCAAGAAGAGCAGAGGUUCUUGGAAAUGCCGCUAGGAGAAUGCAAAGACAAGUCCGUACUUAUAUUGCCCGUAGAGAAUUCCGUGCUCUACGUGGAGCUGCCAUCGUAUUGCAGUCCAACUGCCGAGGCAUAUUGGCGUGCAACCUUUAUGAGGAAAUGAGACGCCAAGCAGCAGCGGUGAAGAUCCAGAAGAGUUUCAGAAGACACAUUGCCAGAGAAUCUUAUUUGAGAAUUAGACAUUCAGCAAUAACAGUUCAAACAGCACUAAGGGGAAUGGUCGCUCGCAAUGAGUUCAGAUUAAGAAAGCAAAUGAAGGCUGCUACUAUUAUUCAGGCUCGUCUUCGUAGUCACGUGGCACAUUCUUACUACAAGAAACUCCAGAAAGCUGCGCUUUCUACGCAAUGUGGCUGGAGGAGCAGGGUUGCACGAAAAGAAUUGAGGACUCUUAAAAUGGCUGCACGAGACACAGGAGCCCUUAGAGAGGCGAAAGACAAACUCGAGAAGCGUGUUGAAGAAUUAACAUGGCGUUUACAGCUAGAGAAGCGACAGAGAACUGAGCUGGAAGAAGCGAAAGCCCAAGAAUAUGCAAAACAACAGGAGGCUUUACAAGCUAUGCGGUUGCAAGUUGAAGAAGCAAACGCUGCUGUGGUUAGAGAACGGGAGGCUGCAAGGAAAGCUAUCGAAGAAGCACCUCCAGUCAUUAAGGAGACUCCAGUAUUGGUUGAGGAUACUGAAAAAAUCAAUUCAUUAACAUCAGAGGUGGAGGCUCUAAAGGCUUCACUUCAGUCUGAACGACAAGCUGCAGAAGGCUUGAGAAAAGCUUUCUCAGAGGCAGAGGCUAGAAAUUCAGAGCUGGCCACAGAACUUGAAAAUGCUACGAGGAAAGCAGAUCAGCUUCAUGAAUCAGUACAAAGACUAGAAGAGAAGCUUUCAAAUUCAGAGUCAGAGAUUCAAGUUCUCCGUCAACAGGCUCUUGCUAUAUCUCCAACCAGCAGAUCUAUGCCCACGCGAUCAAAAACAUUGCUUUUACCGAGAACUCCAGAAAAUGGUAAUCUUCUUAAUGGAGAAACAAAGAGUACACCGGACUUGUCUCUUGCUGUACGGGAACCAGAGUCUGAGGAGAAACCACAGAAAUAUCUGAAUGAAAAGCAGCAGGUCCCAGAUAAUAAUGAGGUUCUGGCGUAUUGGUUAUCUAAUUCAGCCACACUAUUAUUGCUUCUGCAACGCACGCUCAAAGCAACUGGAGCAGCUAGUUUAACACCACAGAGACGAAGAACAACAUCGGCAUCCUUAUUUGGAAGGAUGUCACAAGGGUUAAGGGGAUCUCCUCAAAGUGCUGGGCUCUCUUUUCUGAAUAGACAAGGGCUCACCAAGCUUGACGACUUGAGGCAAGUUGAAGCAAAGUACCCCGCACUACUUUUCAAGCAGCAGCUUACUGCAUUCCUCGAGAAGAUAUAUGGAAUGAUCAGAGAUAAUCUAAAGAAAGAGAUCUCUCCUCUUCUUGGGUUAUGUAUACAGGCACCAAGGACAUCAAGGGCAAGUUUGGUGAAAGGGAGAGCACAAGCAAAUGCUGUUGCUCAACAAGCUCUGAUUGCCCAUUGGCAAAGUAUUAGGAAAAGCCUGAACACUUACUUGAAUCUAAUGAAGGCAAACAACGCUGCACCCUUCUUAGUCCGCAAAGUAUUCGCACAGAUAUUCUCCUUCAUCAACGUUCAGCUUUUCAACAGGCAUAAGAAUUUCUCUGUAUUGUGCAGUCUACUUCUACGUCGUGAGUGUUGCUCAUUCAGCAACGGGGAGUACGUUAAAGCAGGUUUGGCUGAAUUGGAACAGUGGUGUGUAGAGGCUACUGAUGAAUAUGCUGGCUCAGCUUGGGAUGACUUAAAGCAUAUCAGGCAGGCAGUUGGUUUCCUGGUGAUUCAUCAAAAGCCGAAAAAGACAUUGGACGAAAUAACAAGAGAACUCUGUCCGGUGCUAAGUAUACAGCAGCUAUACAGAAUCAGUACGAUGUACUGGGAUGACAAAUAUGGCACUCAUAGUGUUUCUUCGGAUGUUAUUGCAAAUAUGAGGGUUAUGAUGACAGAGGACUCAAACAACGCCGUAAGCAGCUCUUUCCUUUUAGACGAUGACUCGAGCAUUCCAUUCACGGUGGAAGACAUAUCAAAGUCAAUGCAACAAGUGGAUGUAAAUGACAUUGAACCUCCUCAGCUGAUCCGUGAAAAUUCGGGUUUCGGAUUCUUACUCACACGUAAAGAAGGCAGUGCAUCAAAAGGCUUAGGUGUGUUUGAUGCUUUCCUGCCCAGAGAGGGGAGGAGAAGAACCAGCGUCUUUGACCGUAUCAUUCAAACAAUAGCUUCUGCCAUUGAGCUGUGUCUCCUCUGUACUGGACUUUUACAUGUUGAAUUUGCUUCUGGUCUCAGACUAGAAGAGAAGCUUUGCAAUUCAGAGUCAGAGAUUCAAGACCUCCGUCAACAGAUUCUUGCUAUAUCUCUAACCAGCAGAUCUAUGCCCACGCUUUCAGAAACAAUGCUUUUACCGGUCACUCCAGAGAAUGGAAGCCUUCUUAAUGAAGAAACAAAGACUACACCGGACUUGUCUCUUGCUGGUCGGGAACCAGAGUCUGAGGAGAAACCACAGAAAUCUCUGAAUGAAAAGCAGCAGGUCCCAGAUAAUAAUGAGGUUCUAGCGUAUUGGUUAUCUAAUUCAGCCACACUAUUAUUGCUUCUGCAACGCACAUUCAAAGAAGCUGGAGCAGCUAGUUUAACACCACAGAGACGAAGAACAACAUCAGCAUCCCUAUUUGGAAGGAUGUCACAAGGAUUAAGGGGAUCUCCUCAAGGUGCUGGGCUCUCUUUUCUGAAUAGACAAGGGCUCGCCAAGCUUGACGACUUGAGGCAAGUUGAAGCAAAGUACCCCGCACUACUUUUCAAGCAGCAGCUUACUGCAUUCCUCGAGAAGAUAUAUGGAAUGAUCAGAGAUAACCUAAAGAAAGAUAUCUCUCCUCUUCUUGGGUUAUGUAUACUGGCAUCAAGGACAUCAAGGGCAAGUUUGGUGAAAGGGAGAGCACAAGCAAAUGCUGUUGCUCAACAAGCUCUGAUUACCCAUUGGCAAAGUAUUAGAAAAAUCAUGAACACUUACUUGAAUCUAAUGAAAGCAAACAUCGUGAGUAUCUACUUCCUU